UCGGCAACAUGGCGCUGAUAUGGAUCCCGCGGGAGUGUUCGUUUCACUUUCAAAGACGUAAAUUAGCGCUUUUACUUCGACAAACGAGUUCGUAUCAUGUUUGGAACAAAAGUUGGAAGCUAACUGGGAGGGAAUAUAAACACCAAAGCACCAAUUUGUUGAGUUCCACUCCACAUCUAAGAGCAGCAACAUGGAGCAACAGGACCAAAAACAGUCAUCGGAUUUUAGAAGCAGCAAGACAUUUGCAAGUGACAGACAAGCGAACAUGUUGGCAUGGCCAUGCUGGAGGAAGACUAAAUGCAGAUCCAAAGAAUGUGCUGAAAGAGGUGAAUUCAGCCGAGAUUCUCUCUGCAAUGCUUUCCUAUGUGUGGCCAAAGGACAGGCCAGACCUGCGGGCCCGUGUUGCUGUCUCUCUUGGCCUACUAGCUGGAGCAAAGAUCACCAAUGUGACAGUGCCCUUCAUGUUUAAGUAUGCGGUGGACGAGCUUAACCAGAUGUCGGGACACAUGCUGAACCUGAGUGACGCGCCAAGCACUGUGGCUACCAUGGCAACGGCCGUGCUGAUUGGCUAUGGUGUGUCACGGGCGGGUUCAGCGCUCUUCAACGAGCUGAGGAAUGCUGUGUUCAGCAAGGUGGCACAGAGUUCCAUCCGUCGCAUUGCCAAGAAUGUCUUCCUCCACUUGCACAACCUGGACCUGGGCUUCCACCUUAGCCGCCAGACAGGGGCGCUGUCCAAGGCUAUUGACCGUGGCACAAGGGGGAUUUCUUUCAUCCUCAGUGCACUCAUCUUCAACCUGGGACCCACCAUGUUCGAGAUGACCCUUGUCAGUGCCAUCCUGUAUUACAAGUGUGGUGGACAAUUUGCAGCUGUGACUCUGGGUACCUUGUCGGCAUACACGGCCUUCACUAUUCUUGUCACUCAAUGGAGGACUCAAUUCCGAAUAGAGAUGAACAAAGCAGACAACGAGGCAGGAAAUGCAGCCAUUGACUCUCUCCUCAACUAUGAGACUGUUAAGUAUUUCAACAAUGAGAAGUAUGAAGCUGACAGGUAUGACAGCUUCCUGAAGAUCUAUGAGUCGUCCUCUCUGAAAACCACAGCCACACUGGCGAUGCUUAACUUUGGACAGAGUGCCAUUUUUAGUGUUGGGCUCACUGCCAUCAUGGUGCUUGCCAGCAAGGGCAUUAUGGCAGGUAGCAUGACAGUAGGAGACUUGGUGAUGGUGAAUGGCCUGCUGUUCCAGCUUUCCCUUCCUCUCAACUUCCUGGGCACAGUGUACAGAGAGACCAGGCAGGCACUAAUAGACAUGAACACCCUCUUCACCCUGCUCAGCGUAGACACCAAGAUCAAGGAGAAAGAUCUUGCCCCGGUGUUAACAGUCAUGCCACAAGAUGCCUCCAUCCGCUUUGAGGAUGUCUAUUUUGAAUACCUGGAGGGCCAAAAUGUCCUGAACGGUUUGUCAUUUGAGGUGCCUGCAGGGAAGAAGGUGGCUAUUGUUGGUGGCAGUGGGUCAGGACAACCUUAUCACAAAGCAAUCAAAAAAUGGUGGGGGUGCAACCAGCAUACCGAGUGGUUUUUGACAGGUCCGCUGUUUGGUUGCAGGAAGAGCACCAUUGUACGGUUGUUGUUCCGCUUCUACGAGCCCCAGCAGGGUAACAUCUUCAUAGCUGGGCAGAACAUCCGAGACGUCAGCCUGGACAGCUUGAGGAAAGCCGUGGGAGUCGUACCUCAGGAUGCUGUUCUGUUCCACAAUACCAUCUUCUACAACCUCCAAUAUGGGAACAUAAAUGCCAAACCAGAGGAGUUGUACCAGGUAGCACGUCUGGCGGGCAUCCAUGAUGCCAUCCUCAAGAUGCCCCAUGGUUACAACACCCAGGUUGGAGAGAGGGGCCUCAAGCUGUCAGGAGGAGAGAAACAGCGUGUGGCCAUCGCUCGAGCAAUACUCAAGAAUCCACCUAUCCUUCUGUAUGAUGAAGCAACAUCCUCCCUAGAUUCAAUCACAGAGGAGAACAUUCUGAGUUCAAUGAAGGACAUGGUGAAGGACAGGACAUCAGUGUUCAUUGCCCACAGGCUUUCCACAAUUGUAGAUGCAGACGAGAUUAUAGUCCUCAAUCAGGGUAAAGUUGCAGAGCGGGGAAGCCACCAUGCCCUCCUAAGCCAACCAGGCAGCCUGUAUGCAGACCUGUGGAACACCCAAAACAGCAAGAUCCUCGGUAACAUCAGCAGGAAGAACAAGCCGCCGGUGGAGCGCCUGUCCGCCAAGGAGGAGGAGCGGAAGAAAUUGCAGGAGGAGAUCCUUAACAGUGUGAAGGGCUGUGGCAACUGCUCCUGCUGAGAGAAAGCGCCACCUUACGGCUAUCACUGUCUUAGUGUACUGAGAGGGGGGGUUGGAGGGGUGCAUCUCCAUCCCCCCAGUCUCAUUCUGCCAAGCCCCCCAGCCAUAUGACUUAUCACUGCCCCCUCCUCUUGUGGAAGAGCACCACUGGUUGUCGGACGGGACGAGGAGCAGAACAGGGAGCAAGUGUGUCUAUCACUGGCCGAUGUCCAGAGACUGUGCUUCUCUGCCAGUUGCCUCAGCUGAAGCACAGCAUAGGAGACGCUGGAUAUGACAUACAUGUGUGUAAGACAUCUGUUAUUCAGCAUGGUUAAUUUCCUCUUAACUCCUCCACUUUUGACAUCAAGUUCAGUUUAUUUCCCUGCAGACAAGAUGAGAGCGCACAUGGAAUCAAUGAGAUACAUGCCUUUAUGUUAACAUUCUACUUGUGCUGAUUAAAUUUACUUUUAAAUUAUUUUUUCAUGCAAUUUGAACCUGUAUUUAGCUGUUUUUUUUUUUUUUAACAAAGAUGUGUAUAUAUUACUAUAUUGAAAGUCACAGGCCUCUGGUUUUGAACAGUGAUUACACUUUACCUUUGUCUCAAUAAUGCCACUUUUCAUACUUGAUUCAGCUACAAUGCACAUACACCCCCAAUGUUUCUAACAUAUUUUUGAUUGUUAGACUUGGGCUAAAAUACCAUGUUGGGCAGAUAAAUGGGGGGAAAAAAAAUCAGUGUUAUCUAUAUAUGCCACAACAUGUGUGGAUAUUUUUGAGUUAUGGAGAUAUGAAAAGUGUGUAAGCUGCAUAUGUUUAGACAUUUGCGACUCGAUGAGACCAAGAGAAGUAAUGUAGAGAAGCACCCUUUAUAUAUCAUGGAUGGCUUGCACUGUGACAAGAGCUAUAUCAGGCAAAGCUGUGAAAGGAUUAUAUAGUUAUAUCAUUUAGCCUUGAUAUUACCAGGCUUAUUUAGUACUGAAAUAUGUUUGGAGUUGCAACAUGUUAACUUUACUAAGACAACUUUUUGAUUUAUACAUCCUCAAUACCCAGACCUCCUGUUAAAAGAUUACAGGGAAAUAUUGACAUUUCCAGGCUGGAAAUAGUCAUACGUCCCCAUUUUUGAGGACUUUUUAGCACAUGCGUACAUUUAGACCAGGACAUGCUAAGAGGUCGUAUCUUUAUAUGGAGUGUCAGUAUUUAGAGAACCUUGUGUUUAGAAAAGGAAACACCUCUUUCAGGGUAUUCUGGUCUAUGUUGAAAACGAAUGUGUUUAAAUGCACCCCAAACAGAAUAAAAUGGCUUUUGUCAA